AGCUUCGCUCCCCUCUCCCGCUGAGGCCUCGCGCUGCGCUGCCCUCCCCGGCUCCGGCGCGCGGUGCCCGCUCCCUGCACGUCUUGGCGGAGGGCUGUCGCCGUUGUUGGACCCCGCCCGCGCCCAGCUAUCCCCUGCGGGCCGUGGACGCGGGCGUCAGGCGACCGAUCCUGGCCUUCCAGGGCCCGUGCGUCCAGCCCCUUCCCGAUGCCCGCAGAAGUUUGCGGCCUGUGCCCCGCUGGCCAUGUUUCCCGCCGGGGCGGAACCUCUCCCGAAAGUCCCUCCAGCUGCACCUGGCCCCGGGUAGUUUUUGGAAGCAGUGUCGGGUAGAGCCCGGCUGGGGCAGCGAACUUGCAUGCAGCAUCUUAGCCACCCCUCUGACGCUGUAGUAGACAACUGGGGCAGCAGCCAAGCCUUGUCUGAGGCCUGCGUCGAACCCACCGUGGGCCUUCACGAUACAAGUGAGGGCCAAUCGUGUGGGUUUCACUGAGCCUCAGAUGCCUUUAAUUUCACAUUUGUCACUGCUUUCUUUAGUUUUCCAAGCUGUGUCUCGAGAGCACUGCCUCACCCACUGAGGUCCCUGUCAACCUAGGUUUCAUCAUCUUGCAGUUUUCCUUUUUAUUUUUUUAGGGCUGUGGAAAUAAAGUCAAGGAAUCCAAGAGUGGAUUGUGGCUGGCUGUUUUGUGCAUAAGGACAGUGUAGCAUAGCCUCGAAUCUGUGUUGUGCAUCCAUCCACCACGGCAAGGCCUUUCAAGAGGAAUCGGCACCCAGGGCUGUCUGCCAGGCCCCGGGGUUGUACUUUCAGCGCCAGCCACCCCAUCCAGCUCAUGCAAGUGGGUACGUGCCCGCACGGAGGCCAAGUGUCUGAGCUGCGCGUUAGAUUCUCCCCGUGCUGCGUUGCUUCUUCUCCGUGGAUAGUUUUAGGUGCCUGAAACAUCAACAGCUUUUGGGUGGUUCUGAAGAUUAAGUAGGUUCAGAGGUUGCUAUGUUAAUGCUGCUUGUCUUUGGGGUCUUACUUUAUGAAGUGCCACUGAGUGGCCAAGAUGAGGCAUAUCCUGAGGCUGACCCCAUGCCAGGAGAGCCCCUGUAUGACUAUGCCAGUGUCCGCCUGCCAGAGGAACACAUUCCCUUCUUCUUACAUAACAACAGGCAUGUUGCCACAGUCUGCAAGAAGGACUCACACUGCCCAUAUAAGAAACACUUAGAAAAUUUAAAGUACUGCUGGGGUUAUGAGAAGUCCUGCAAACCAGAGUUCAGGUUUGGUUACCCUUUCUGCAGCUACGUGGACAUAGGAUGGACAGACACUGUGGAAUCAGCCCAAGACAUCUUCUGGAAACAAGCAGACUUUGGGUAUACCAGGGAGCGGCUGGAGGAGAUGCAUGUGCUCUGUCAGCCAAAGAAGAUGCUGAGGAGUGACUCAAGCCUGGUAUGUUCCCGUUAUCUUCAGUAUUGCAGAGCAACCCAUCUCUACCUUGACUUAAGAAACAUCAAGAGAAAUCAUGACAGAUUCAAGGAAGAUUUUCUCCAGAGUGGUGAAAUUGGAGGACACUGUAAACUUGACAUCCAUACAUUGAUGUCUGAAGGUCAGCGCAAAAGCCCCCUGCAGUCUUGGUUUGCUGAGCUACAGAGCUAUACUCAGCUCAACUUCAGACCUAUAGAAGAUGCUAAAUGUGACAUUGUUAUUGAAAAACCAACGUAUUUCAUGAAAUUAGAUGCAGGUGUUAACAUGUAUCAUCACUUCUGUGAUUUUAUCAACCUUUAUAUUACCCAGCAUGUUAAUAAUUCAUUCAGUACAGAUGUGUACAUCGUGAUGUGGGACACGAGCUCUUAUGGAUAUGGUGACCUGUUCUCCGACACUUGGAAAGCAUUUACUGACUAUGACGUUAUACACUUGAAAACUUAUGAUUCCAAAAGGGUAUGUUUUAAAGAAGCUAUCUUUUCUUUACUGCCUCGCAUGCGGUAUGGGCUGUUCUACAACACUCCUCUGAUAUCUGGAUGUCAAAAUACUGGGUUAUUCAGGGCCUUCUCCCAGCAUGUGCUGUACAGACUAAACAUCACACAGGAAGGACCCAAGGAUGGAAAAAUUCGAGUCACUAUUCUUGCCCGGAGCACAGAAUACCGAAAAAUACUAAACCAAAAUGAACUUGUGAAUGCACUGAAAACAGUAUCUACAUUUGAAGUGCAAAUUGUUGAUUACAAGUAUAAAGAACUUGGGUUUUUAGAUCAACUCAGGAUAACACACAACACAGACAUAUUUAUUGGAAUGCAUGGAGCUGGUCUUACGCAUUUACUUUUCCUUCCAGACUGGGCUGCAGUCUUCGAACUAUACAACUGUGAAGAUGAGCGCUGUUACUUAGACUUGGCCAGGCUGAGAGGCAUUCACUAUAUCACUUGGCGAAGGCAGAACAAAGUCUUUCCUCAAGACAAGGGCCACCACCCGACUCUGGGGGAGCACCCAAAGUUCACUAACUACUCUUUUGAUGUGGAAGAAUUCAUGUACCUCAUCCUUGAGGCUGCAGAUCACAUCUUGCAGCACCCAAAGUGGCCAUUUAAAAAGCAACGUGAUGAGUUAUAAAUGUGUUGAGUCUGCUUGCAAGCAAAAGCCUUUGGAUUCUCACACCCAGACUCACACUUCACACUGUCAAACAACCUGCUAUUUCCUAAUUCCAAAUGACCUUUUCUACACCAAAACAUACCUUCAGGAUAUUUUGUGUUAUAUAGCCUUUAUGUGUUUUGUAUGGUUGUUGCGUCAUUGCUAUUUAUCAAUUGUCAUAAUAUUUUUGCACUGAAAAAUUUAGUUUUUAUAGUUAAAAUUGGGCAGAGGCUUCCUGGUAUAAUUGAGUUUUCUUCUUAGGAAUACCAAAGUUUUUGAUUUUCUCAGCUUUAGAAUUUUUAAAUGGUUUUGUACAAUAUCAUUUGAUUGUAACUCCAAGUGUUCCAACUUGUUUAUGAAAUAUUUAGGUAAAUCCAGAACUGCUCUUUUAUUUGGCAUUAUCUGUUUCUAACACUGAUUGUGGGAGGAAAGAAAACAUGCACAAAACACACACACACACACACAGGAAUACGGUGUGAUUCUUAGUACCAAGUUACAGGACCAUGUUAUAGAUCAGUAUUUAGUCAGCUCCAGGUUAUGUGCAUGCUGCUGUAUUAAUUUAUAUUUACAUAUUUCAUAUUCAAAUCAUAUUUUCCCCAAAUACAAUGACUACAAGUGAUAAAAACCAAUGGGAAUAUUCUGCAGUAAUCUGUUGUGUACUUUGUAACUGAUUUGCACUGACUCCUUUUAAACUAUGGAUUUAUAUAUGAAACAGUGGCUUCCUUUGUGCAAGUAUUUGUAACGGCACAUGGUGUGUAUGUAUCUACCUCUAUUAGCAUGUCUUUGAUUGUACAAACUUCAAAGUAGCCACACGAAGAACAUUUUUCUUUAUAAAAAAGUUAGGACUGUAAAAAAGUAGACAUAUGUAUUAUCUAGUCAAAAUGAAGAGCCAUAAGAAAGUGCCAUUGUUUAAAAAGAAUAUAUGAAUUAUAGUCCUGCUUUUUCAAUGGGAUUCAUUUUUUACUGUUUGUGAACUUUGAAUUUAGAAAUUAGAAACCAUGGAUUAUACUGUCCGUUGUGAAGUUUACAUUUUACCAACACUUGAGUCACCUAAUUUAGUGACUAAUUCUAUUUUUAAAGUGGUGAUUAGCAAAUUAUAGCAAAACUAAAGAAUCCUUAAUUUUAGAGUUGUAAAAAAAAAAA